AUGAAUGAGGCAGUUAUGGAGCGACUACUUCUGACUCUGAUUGGUCUGCAGACUGUGUCGGCUGAUGGACACUGGUGUGCACACAUGGUGGAGGAGAGAGCCGAGCACGUCCUGAGUCCACGUCUCCAGCUUGAAGUGAGCUGUUCUGCCGUGUAUCAGUACAACAGCCAGGGCUGGAAGCUGGAUCUGGACAGGAUGCGCACCAAGUACGGGGGUGAUGAUGGCAUUGCGCUAUAUUAUAAACAACAUGGGGCAAAGGCAUCCUGUUUCCUAUUCAAGCCCCCAGAGAUAGUGAGCCAAAGGGUGAACAAGACCGUGAGGGCCUGCUGUGAGGGGUGGGGUGGACCCCGCUGCUCUCAGGGGGUGGCUGCGCUCGGUCAGUGCUACUCCACAUGGAGCUGUGAGGACUUCCCUGGAGUCCAUAACUCCUCUCUGAUGCCCAUGGAGCAGUGCUGCUCCAGCCUGUGGGCCCUGAGCUGGAGGAAUGCCUCCGACCUGGCCUGCUUGUCCUGCACCUACACUCUCCUUCCAGACUCCCAGUCCUCGGUUCUGGUCCGCGGCAGCGUGCUGGGUUCUGACCGGGCCCCCCAGGGCUCGGCCACCUGCAUGUCCUGGAGUGGAGCGCACUAUCGCACCUUUGACAGGAAGCACUUCCACUUCCAGGGCACCUGCACCUACCUGCUGGCCUCCUCUACUGACGGCACCUGGGCGGUGUACAUCAGUACCAUUUGUGACAAAGGGGGGGGCUGCAGUAAGGUCCUGAGGAUGAUGCUGGGUCUGGAUUUGGUUUCAGCUGAUUACAGAAACCUGACCCUGAACAACGUCGUUGUUCUGAAUGGACAGUCGCUGUUUCAAAACGGGGUGGCUGUGCGUUGGCUGGGGGACUUUGUGUUUGUGGAGAGCGGCCUGGGUGUGAGGGUGAAGUUUGACCUGCUGAACACGGUGUACCUGACGGUGAGCGCGGAGCACCGCUCAGCCACCAGGGGACUCUGUGGAGUCUACAACCACGAUGCUGAGGAUGAUUUCACCACAGUGGGUGGAAUCGUGUCUCCCUACGCUGCCAGUUUUGGCAACUCAUGGAAAGUUCCAGACCAGCAGAAUGAGGACUGCAGCGACGCGGCGGAGCUGGGUCACAGCUGUCAGCUGGCAGGAGACCCUGCCCUGCGUCUUCAGGCAGAAUCAGUGUGUCACCAGCUGCUGGAAAAGCCUUUCACACAAUGCCAUCUCCAGGUGGAUCCAGCAGCCUACAUAGACACGUGUCUUUACCUCUACUGCAGCCUGCCUCCAAAAGAGCGAGAGACGGCAGUGUGCGACACUUUGGCCGCAUACGUCCGCGAGUGUGCCCAGCAGCACGUGGUCAUCCUGUGGAGGACAGACUCGCUGUGCGGUCGUGUGUGCCCCAGAGGUCAGAUAUUUUCAGACUGUGUGUCCUCCUGUCCUCCCAGCUGUACGUCCCCUCAGCUCCUGGGACCGCCAACAGCCAAGGGCCAGUGCAGGGAGGAGUGUGUGGGGGGGUGUGAGUGUCCUCCAGGUCUCUACCUUCACCAGGGCAACUGUGUGAAGAGAGACGAUUGUCCCUGUUUCCACCGCAGACGCUCCUACCUGCCCGGGGACACUCUGCGGCAGAGAUGCAACACAUGUGUUUGCAGAGCAGGGCAGUGGCAGUGUUCCGGUGAGAAGUGUGCAGGCCUGUGCACUCUCAUAGGAGCACUGCAGGUGACCAGCUUUGACAAAAAGAGGUACUCACUGCAUGGAGGAGACUGUCCCUUUAUUGCUGUGGAGGACUUUGUGGACAGGAAGCUGGUGGUGGGCGUGCGCUGUGGGAGGUGUGCAGGAGGGGCGGGGGACCUGGGCUGUCUGAAGGAGGUCACAGUCACAGCGCUGCACAGCGUGGUCACCAUCACAGACUCAGGCACCAUCACACUGAAUGGGCAGAGGGAGACAUUGCCUUUGGUCACAGCAGACCUGGUUGUCCGUCGGGCCUCCUCUUUGUUUCUCCAUGUCCAGACGUUUGGAGCCCAGCUUCUGUGGUACUUAGAUGGACCCUUUGCCCUGAUCAAACUGCAGCCAGGCUUUGCUAAUAAGGUGCGCGGCCUGUGUGGAACAAUGACCUGGAACCAGCACGAUGACUUUACCACUCCAGAAGGAGACGUAGAGAACAGUGUGUCAUCAUUUGCAGAGAAAUUCACAACAGAGCGCUGCAGGCUGCCGGGAGGCUCUCCGCUGGAGCCCUGCUCCACUUACGCCCAGAGGAGACACUAUGCAGACACAGUGUGCGCCAUCAUACACAGUCAUGUAUUCCAGGUGUGUCAUGAUGUGGUGGAGAGGCAGCCGUACUUCCAUCUGUGUCUGUCAGAAGUCUGCAGCUGUGCUCCUCAGGAGUCCUGCCACUGCACCGUGCUCACGGCCUACGCUCAGCACUGCGCUCAGGAGGGCGCUGCACUCAACUGGCGCAACCAAACCUUCUGCCCUGUCCAAUGUUCUGGGGGUCAAAUUUACCAGGAGUGUGGUCACACUUGUGGGGGUUCCUGCUCAGACCUCCAACAUGGCUGGAACUGUGGUGACAAUGGUGCUGGGAUGGGUCACAGAGUGUGUGUUCCAGGAUGCCACUGUCCAGCAGGACUUGUCCAGGAUCACCAGGGCCAGUGUGUGCCCAUCACUUUGUGCCCUUGUGUACAAGGAGGCAAGAUGUAUUCACCCGGGGCUGUAGUUAAAAACGACUGUAAAACCUGUGUGUGUGAGCGGGGAUCCCUUAAUUGCUCCCGGGAGCACUGUGAGGGUGUGCAGCAGUGUCCGGGUCCUCUGGUCUACGCUCCACGCUCCUGUCUCCUCACCUGCUCCAGCCUGGACCCCCCUGGUCAGCAACCAGGGUCCAGUAUCUCACAAACCAAGUGCAGAGAGCCACUCUCUGGCUGUGUCUGUCCUCAGGGAACUGUCCUUCAAGACGAUCGCUGUAUUUUACCUGAUGAGUGCCCAUGUCACCAUAAUGGUCAACUUUACUAUGGCAAUGAGACCAUCACAAAAGACUGCAACACAUGUGUGUGUAAGGAGCGGCGCUGGCACUGCACCCAGUCUCUCUGCACCGGGGUGUGUGCAGCUACUGGUGAUCCCCAUUAUGUGACAUUUGAUGGCCGCUGCUACUCUUUUCUUGGUGACUGCCAGUAUGUGCUGGCAAGAGAAACCAGUGGAUUGUUCAGUGUUACAGCAGAGAACGUUCCCUGUGGGAGUACAGGGGUCACCUGCACCAAAGAGGACGAAAACAGAAGCAACUGCCACACUGGAAUUGUCACGCCGGCAGUCCCCCCAUCUUCAGCCUGCAGGCCCCAGGAGUUCCCCUGUGCCUCUGGCAGCCAGUGUGUUCCUGAGGUGUGGCGCUGCGAUGGGGAGACAGACUGCAGGGACGGUAGUGAUGAGCAGCAGUGUGCUGCUCCAUGUGGGCCUCACCAGGUGCUCUGCCUCAGCGGGGACCAGUGUGUGGACUACCAGCAGCUCUGUGACGGGAUCCCCCACUGCAGGGAUGCCUCGGAUGAGAGCAUAGACAACUGUGGCUCCAGUCAGAUACCUUCUUGCCCUGGUAGCUUCCAGUGUGACAACCGCACUUGUGUGAACAUGUCAAAGGUCUGCAACAACAUCCCAGACUGUCCACAGAGUGACGACGAGUUGGUGUGUGUGCCUCCUGGCAGUAAGAACACCUCUACCACCUGCUCUGAAUUUACCUGUAUGGAUGGGACCUGUCUUCCCUUCAACUUGGUUUGUAAUGGUGUAGCAGACUGCCCAGACUCCUCACUAACACAGAGGGGCCCUACGGAUGAACAGGGUUGUAGAACUUGGAGUUCUUGGGGCCCCUGGAGCCCCUGCAGUGUUUCCUGUGGGACAGGUUCAAUGAGCCGAGAGAGACCCUGCCCUGCAGGGGACCCCCUUCAUCGCUGUCAGGGCCCAGGCGUCCAGAGGCAGCAGUGUUUCAGCGUCUCCUGUCCUGUGGACGGUCAGUGGCUGCCUUGGGUGAGCUGGUCAAACUGCUCCAUCAGGUGUGGGGGAGUGCAGGUGAGGCACAGAGGCUGCAUUCCUCCUCAGAACGGAGGCAGAGACUGCUCUCAGCUGGACGGACCUUCUAACUUCUCCAUGGAAAUUAAACCGUGUCCCGACGACGGGUGCACCAAUGCCAGCUGUCCGCUGGGCCUGGUCAGACACAGCUGUACUCCCUGUCCAGCUUCCUGUUCCCACCUCAGCAGUGGCACAGCCUGUGCCCCCUCAGCCGCCUGCUUCUCCGGCUGCUGGUGUCCCGGGGGCCAGGUGAUGAGCCACACACAGAGCUGUGUCUCACCUGAGGAGUGUGUGUGUGAGGUGGAGGGCGUGCGCUACUGGCCGGGCCAGCAGAUCAAAGUGAACUGUGAGCUCUGUGUUUGUGAGAGAGGGCGGGCUCAGCACUGUAAGCCUAACCCCGACUGCUCAGUGCAUUGUGGGUGGUCUUCAUGGUCUGAGUGGGGAGAGUGUUUAGGACCCUGCGGUGUCCAGAGUGUUCAGUGGUCAUUCCGCAGUCCAAAUAAUCCCACCGGCCAUGGAGAUGGGAGAACCUGCAGAGGGAUUUACAGGAAAGCCCGUCGGUGUCAGACGGAGCCCUGUGAAGAGUGUGAGUAUCAUGGUCAGUCUCAUGUGGUUGGAGACAGAUGGAAGUGGGAGCAGUGCCAGUUAUGCCAGUGCUAUCCCAACCUGACGGUGCGGUGCUCUCCCUACUGUCCACAUGCAGCCCCUGGAUGUCCUCCGGGCUCCAGUUUGGUGCCUGGAGAGGGAGACAGGUGCUGUUACUGCCGAGGGGAAAAUGACACGGUAACGGUCAGGCCUGCCACUGUGACCUCGGAGCCAGCAGAGGGCGCCACAGCCCCGAUCCCCACAUUUCCACUGCCACAUGGAGAUGACUGUUGGGUUCCACUGGGUGUCCAGAUUCUGCCAGCCUCUAGCUUCACAGCCUCAUCCCACCAGGCCGGCCACCCCCCCGAGGCAGCCCGGCUCCAUGGGUGGGACCCACAUCUGGACCUGCAGGUGUUACACUCAGGCUGGAGUCCAGAACCAGAAGAAUAUAAAGAUCUGCCACAGCGAAGGCCGCAGGGACACAGUGUCAACACUCACAACCCUUACCUACAGAUAGACCUGCUGAAACCACACAACAUCACUGGCGUGUUGACCCAGGGUGGUGGUGUGUUUGGCGCAUUCGUGUCCAGCUUCUACCUUCAGUUCAGUCAGGAUGGGGAUCGAUGGUCCACCUACAGGGAGCAUGUGUCGGACGCCCGGCCCAGAGCCAAGGUGUUUCUUGGGAACCAUAAUGAUCAGGGUGUGACGGAGAGCAGACUGGAUAGGGUGGUGCUGGCUCAGUUUGUUCGCCUGUUGCCCCAAGACUUCCAGAACGGCAUCUACCUACGACUUGAGAUCAUGGGCUGCAGUGAAGGUCCUCCCUGGUUAACCUCCCCCACCCCACCCUCACCGGUCUCUGCAGUGGGCUGCAGGGCAGAAGAGUUCCAAUGUGCAAAUGGUGGCUGUGUGUCAGCGGGUCCACUGGGAGUCGUGUGUGAUGGAGUCGAUCACUGUGGAGACGGAUCAGAUGAGAGGUUCUGUGGCACCCAGCCCUCAUCCACCGCUGCCGGCCCACAGCGCUGCCAGAGCGGCCAGUUCUCCUGCCCCCCACCGGGGGCCUGCAUCGAGGCAGGACAGCGAUGUGACGGUGUUCCACACUGUCCCAGAGGAGAGGAUGAAAACGGCUGCCACCCAGCGGACAUCACCACCCAGUCAGACAGGCCCUACAGUACCACGCCCGCCCCCCUGAAGACCCCGUCCAUGGCUGCUGUUACUCUGGCUGCCGUAUCACCAACAGGAGGCGGUCCUGGACAUCUUGGUAUUUGCUCCUCUCCUCUGGGACUGGAGGAUGGGCGGAUUCGUUAUGGCCAGCUGACCUCAUCCUCACAACGUGAGAACAACCCUGCUGAUGCUGGAAGGCUGAACAUCGUCCCCAACAUUCAGGUUAUGGAACCUGGUUGGAGCCCCUUGCCCACAGACCCAAUGCCAUAUCUUCAGGUGGACUUCCUGGAGCCUACCUGGGUCUCAGGGGUGGUGACUCAGGGCAGUGAAGGCAUGUGGGGUUCUCUCUCUCAAUACCGCCUUGCAUUUGCCCUGCAUAGCAGCCUCUUCACAGACUUCACAGAGAGUGGGAAGCCCGGGGGUCCCGCCAAGGUGUUUGAGGUACGACUGGCCGGCAGGACCCCUGUGACCCGCUGGCUGGGCCGGCUGGUCAGAGCACGCUACAUGCGCAUUAUCCCAGUGGAGUUCAGACACACCUUCUACCUGCGUGUGGAGGUGCUGGGCUGCAGAGGAGAUGAGCUGGUGACCCCCGCCUCUCCGGCUGCGAGCACCACGGUGUCCCUGCAGCACUGUCAGCCCGGCCAGUUCACCUGCCACCACAGUGAGGAGUGCAUUCCUGCGUCAGCGCUUUGUGAUGGGAGACCAGACUGCUCGGACCAGUCUGAUGAGAUCAGCUGUGGCUCUGCUCCAACCAGAGGCUUCCCAGGGCUUCACAACCAGACCAGCUACACCGGGAGGCCAGGUUUCCCCAGCAAUACCACAACAGGUGCCCCUGGCCUAAAACUCACCUCUCCUCAAGCAGGCUUUCCUGGUGUUGCAACACCAGGAGAAAGAGGACCAACCAGACUUCCACAGAUCACACCUCCAACUCCAGCAGUCACGAGCCCCCAUGAGGGCGAUCUGCCCCGAGGGCUUUGUGUGGAGGGCCAGUUUGCUUGCUGGUCUUUUGGCUGUGUGGACUCUGCAGUAGUGUGUGAUGGAAGAAAGGACUGUUUGGAUGGUUCAGAUGAGGAACGCUGUGCCAGGCCUCCAGUGACUCCACACAGCCCCCCCGCCCACAACCCCUGCUCUCCUAAGCAGUUUUCCUGUAAGAGCGGCGAGUGCAUUCACCUGGAUCAGAGGUGUGAUCUGCAGAGACACUGUGUGGAUGGGUCGGAUGAAAAAGACUGUGUGGACUGCAUCAUGUCUGCUUGGACCCUAUGGAGUGCCUGCAGUGUGACCUGCGGCCUGGGCUCCCUGUUCCGGCAGAGGGACGUAGUGAGGGAGGCUCUGCCUGGGGGGUCCUGCGGUGGAGCUCAGUUUGACAGCCGAGCCUGCUUCCCUCAAGCCUGUCCAAUCAACGGCCACUGGUCGGCGUGGACGGAGUGGUCAGCGUGUGAUGCUCUCUGUGGGGGAGGUGUCCGGCAGAGGAAGCGAACAUGCUCCACCCCUCCUCCUAAGAACGGGGGGCGAGAAUGUGAGGGCAUGACCCAGCAGAGCCAGAGCUGCAACAACCAACCGUGCAGCAAUGCCACUGACACGCAGACAGGCUGUGUGAGGGGAAUGCUGCUGGUGACCGAAGAAGACUGCCAGGCUGGGAGAGUCAGCCCUUGCCCUCCCACCUGUACAGACGUCAGCAUGACCACCAACUGCACUGCAACAUGCACAGAGGGAUGCCGAUGUCCCAGUGGGUUUUACCUUCAGAAAGGCCAAUGUGUGGAAUCCAGCAAAUGUGUGUGUCAUUGGGGUGGUGAAACAAUGGAGCCAGGACAGGUGACCAGCCCAGACCCGUGUACCACCUGUGUGUGCAGGGAUGGACAGGUCACCUGCAACACAUCUACUUGUCUAGCAACCUGUAAUUGGUCAGCCUGGUCGUCAUGGACACCGUGUGAUGUCACCUGUGGUGUGGGUUUACAGCAACGUUACCGGUCUCUGGUGAAUCCAACGGGGACUAUCAGAGUCCAGCCCUGUCCAGGAGACUCCUCCGAGGCCCGUCACUGCUCCAGGCCAUGCUCCUCCGGUGGUGCUUGGAGCGAGUGGACGCGCUGGUCAGAGUGCAGCAAAACCUGUCUCAGCCAUGUGGAUGAGCCUGGAAUGAAACGAAGAUUUCGCAGCUGCAACAAUACUCUCUCCAUGUCCAACCACUCACACACCCUGUCUCUCUGUGAUGGAGAGGGUGAGGAGCAGGAGCCAUGCAACACUUUUCUCUGUCCAGUGCAUGGCGACUGGUCAGCCUGGUCACCGUGGUCUGGCUGUUCAUCUGAGUGUGACUCUGGUGUGCAGACCAGAGAGAGAUUCUGCAGCUCCCCAGCACCACAGCACGGCGGGGGCAGCUGCACUGGACCUCACGUCCAGACAAGAGACUGCAACUCCCACCCCUGCUCCGGUGUGUGUCCAGAGGGCAUGAUAUACUUGACAGCGGCUGAGUGUGAGCUUCAGGGGGGGGCGUGUCCCCGGGUCUGUCUGGACAUGACCCCUGCAGAGGUGCAGUGCGCCACCGCCUGCUACGAUGGCUGCUACUGCCCCCCAGGGCUGUUCCUGCUCAACGGCAGCUGCGUGCCUCUGGGGCAGUGUCCUUGCUACCACCAGGGGGGGCUGUACCCUGCAGCCGCAACGCUGCCCAGGGAUGCCUGUAAUAACUGCACCUGCGUUAACGGGGAGAUGGAGUGUGGGGCGGCGGCCUGCCCAGUGGAUUGUGGCUGGAGCAGCUGGACACAGUGGAGUGUGUGCAGUCGGACCUGUGAUGUCGGUGUGAGAAGGCGGUACCGCUCAGGAACCAAUCCUCCCCCAGCAUUCGGUGGCCGCCCCUGCAAAGGAGAGAGGAUCCAGAUAGAUUCCUGCAGCCUAGAGCCCUGCCUUGGUGUAAAGGAGCCCUGGGGUUUGUGGUCAGAGUGCUCAGUGACUUGUGGAGGAGGUUACCGGACCAGAACUCGUGGCCCCAUCAGAAUUCACGGCACCGCUCAGCAGUUCAGCGCCUGUAACCUGCAGCCCUGUGGAGGAGUGUGUCCUGCAGGUCAGGAGUGGAAGCGGUGUGUGACAGGGCCAGUGUCGUGUGCAGACCUCACAAUGGACCUGAGCAGGAACUGCACGCCCGGCUGUCAGUGUCCACCGGGGGCUGUCCUGCAGGACGGCGUGUGUGUGCACGAGGCCCUCUGCCGCUGUGACAUGGGAGGAGAGCAGCACCAGCCUGGAGACACUGUGCCCACAAACUGCAACAACUGCACAUGUGAAGGAGGGAGGCUGGUCAAUUGUUCUAGAGUCAGCUGCAAGGUGGAUGGCCUGUGGUCAGCAUGGACUCCUUGGGGUCCGUGCUCGGUGUCCUGUGGAGUGGGUCUCCAGUCCCGGUACCGGUUCUGUUCCAGUCGGCUGCAGUCAGGCAGAGGCUCCGCAUGUCUCGGCCCUCACCGUGAGGACCAAGUCUGCAUGGCUGCCACGUGCGACCGUGAUGGUGGGUGGAGUCAAUGGAGCAACUGGACAGAAUGUACCAAGUCCUGUGGGGGGGGUGUACGAAGCCGGAAGAGAAGCUGUGACAGUCCCUCACCAGAGGGGGAGGGGAAUUACUGUGAGGGGCUGGGGACUGAGGUCAGAGGCUGUAACAUGGAACACUGUCCAGUGGCUCCGUGUUCUCAGGUCCCAGGCACAGUGUUCAGUAGCUGUGGGCCGUCCUGUCCUCGGUCCUGUGACGACCUGUCGCACUGUGUGUGGAGCUGUGAACCUGGCUGCUACUGCACAGAGGGAAUGCUCCUGUCCGCUAACGGCACCGUCUGUAUUGAGAGGGACGCCUGUCUGUGCUUGGACAUCAACACUGGACACCGACGGGAACCAGGAGAGGUCAUUAAGGCCCCUGAUGGAUGUAAUAACUGCACAUGUGAGGGGGGGAGGUUCAACUGCACCAGAGAGCCCUGCCCUGUGUCAGGGGGCUGGUGCGACUGGUCCCAGUGGACUCCCUGCUCCCGGACCUGUGGGGCAGACUCAGUGUCCCGUUACAGGAGCUGUGGCUGUCCUGAGCCUAAGGCUGGAGGGGAGCCCUGCCCUGGAGAGCAGGAAACGCACAGUGGGGUUGGAGUUCAGAUCCAGAGACAGCCCUGUCCCAUCACCUCAUUCUGCCCACUACAUGGUUCAUGGGGUUCCUGGUCAGUGUGGUCAGAGUGUGAUGUCUGUGCUGGAUCAUCCACCCGGACCAGAGAGUGUAACAACCCUCCUGCCAGAUUUGGUGGCCUACCCUGUCUGGGAGAGAGCCGGCAGAGCCGUGGUUGCCAUGGGAACCUCACUGAGUGCUCAGACUGUGGUGGAGGCCUGGAAAACGUGCCGUGUGGGAAGCCUUGUCCGCGCUCCUGUUCAGAUCUCCAUGGCGACACGGAGUGUUUGGACUCCCCAGGGUGCAGCCGGACCUGUGGUUGCCAGGGCGACAUGGUGCUGCAGGAUGGAGUGUGUGUGGCCAGGGAGGACUGCCGCUGCAGAAACCACAACAGCUCUGGUGCUGUGGAUUCCAGUAAUUCAUCCUGGGUAUGGCCCGGUGGAUCCGAGUGGCAGCUUGUGGAGCCGGGAGACAUCGUCAUCAGUGACUGCAAAAACUGCUCAUGCCAGGCGGGGGUUCUCCUGUGCGGGUCUGUCCCUGGUUGCCGUGCUGAUGGGGGCUGGGGCCAAUGGGGAGCCUGGUCUGAGUGCUCCCAUCUUUGUGGAGGAGGAGUCAAAGCCAGGAGGCGGCAGUGUGAUAACCCGGCUCCUCAGAGGGGGGGCAGAGGCUGCUGGGGAGUAGCAGAGCAGCAGAAAGACUGCAACAUGCACCUGUGCCCAGAUUCCGGGGGCCCGUGGCUGCCCUGGUCGCAGUGGUCUGUGUGCUCGGUCAGCUGUGGGGGGGGGCAGCAGGCCCGCUCUCGUCUCUGCAGCUCUGCAGCCUGCCACGGCCUCAGCCGCCAGAGCAAAACCUGCAACACGCAGGUCUGCCUCGAUGUGGGCUGCCCUCCAGGCCGGCUGUACAGGGAGUGUGAGCGUGGAGAGGGCUGUCCUUUCAGCUGCUCUCAGGUCAGUGGCAGAGAAGGCUGCUACUCUGAUGGCUGUGAGGAAGGCUGCCACUGCCCCCCCAACACCUACCAGCACCGCGGAGCCUGCGUACCGGAAUGUCCAUGUCUGGUGGAUAGGGAGUUUCUGGGCUCUCUGCAGAGUGUGUCAGCCACACCGGUCUCCUCCCUGCUCCCUCACAACAUCUCAGAGGGAGUGGAGCUUCAGUCCGGAGACACAGUUGUGCAUGACUGCAGUGUCUGUGCCUGUGAGCAUGGCAGGUGGAACUGUUCCCUUGAGCCCUGCCCGGUUGACGGGGGCUUGUCCCUCUGGGGCCCCUGGAGCCCCUGCUCGCUUUCUUGUGGGGGUUUGGGAGUGAAGGUUCGUUCUCGGGGCUGUACAUGGCCUGUCCCAGCCCAUGGAGGGAAAGACUGCCAGGGCCCACGCCAGGAAACUACCUUCUGUCAGGCUCCUGACUGUCCAGUAGUAGCUCCAACAGAGGAACCAACCAUUCCAGAGGAGGACUCUGGCUUCUCUCCUUGGUCGUUGUGGAGUCCCUGCUCUAAAACCUGCACAGAUAUUCAAAGCCCAGCAAUAAAGUCCCGCCAUCGCCAGUGCGUCACAUCUCCCUGCUCAGGGAGCUCUCUCCAGGAGAAGGCCUGCAACCUGCCCCAGUGUCCAGGUGAGCUGUGCGUGGGGGGUGACUGUGCACUGAGGAACUGCUCCUGGACAGAAUGGGGUGAAUGGGGCUCCUGCUCGCGGUCCUGUGGCGUGGGCCAGCAGCAGAGGAUGAGAACCUUCCUCAGUCCUGGUGCCAACGGCUCGUGGUGUGAGGACAUCAUUGGGGGGAACCUGGAGAAUCGCUUCUGCAACAUCAGACCCUGCAGAGUGGACGGAGGCUGGUCCAGGUGGAGCCCCUGGUCCCGCUGCGACAAACGCUGUGGAGGUGGACGCUCCGUGCGCACUCGCUCAUGCUCCAGUCCUCCACCCAAGAAUGGUGGGAGGAAGUGUGACGGAGAGAAGAACCAGGUCAAACCUUGCAACACCAAACCUUGUGAUGAGAAAGGGUGCCCACCAGGACAAGAGUUUGUGUUGUGUGCCAACCAGUGUCCCCAGCGCUGCUCCGAUCUCCAGCAGGGCAUAGAGUGCCAGGGCAGCGCGGAAUGUCAGCCUGGCUGCAGAUGUCCCAAAGGUGGGCUGCUGCAGGACGGCGUGUGUGUGCACCUGUGGCAGUGCGACUGCCUGGACGCGCUGGGGCAGAUGUGGGCGGCCGGCAGCUGGCACCAGCUGGACUGUAACAACUGCAGCUGCUCCGACGGACAGCUCCUCUGCUCCAACCACAGCUGCCAGGCGUCCUGUGUCUGGAGCUCCUGGUCCAGCUGGGCCCCAUGCAGCGUUUCCUGUGGGCAGGGCCAGAGGACCAGAUACAGGUCCCUUAUCCCAGAGACUGAAGGAUCCGUUUGUCACUUUGAGGAGAUUCAACAGAAAUCUUGCAACCCAGGAACCUGCCCACCUCUCUGUGUCAGAGCCAACCAGAGCCUCAGUGUGGGAGACACCUGGCUGCAGGGAGAGUGUCAGCAAUGCACCUGCACUCCGGAGGGAGUCUACUGUCUGGACGUUGACUGCAGAGUGGACGGGGGCUGGACCCCCUGGUCAGUGUGGUCUGACUGCCCUGUGACGUGUGGUCAGGGCACGCACGUUCGAACCCGCGCCUGCAUCAACCCUCCUCCACGGAACAACGGGACCCACUGCAGUGGGCCAGAGAGAGAAAGCCAGCCCUGCCAGACCCCCCCCUGUCUGGAUGACCUUUGCCCCUGGUCACCGUGGUCGUCCUGCUCCAGGAGCUGUGGGGCGGGCUCUGUGACACGCCACAGGGUCUGUGUGUGUGAGCAGGGAGGGGAGGCCGUGUGUCCCCCUGAGGCUGAAGCUGAGCGCAUGAGUGAGGAGACCCAGCUGUGUUACAAACAGCCCUGUCCAGGCUGUCCCAUGUCAGCGUGGAGUGUUUGGUCUCCGUGCUCGUGUGUGUCUCAGAGGCAGCAGCGCUACCGCGUGGCCCUCACAGCGGCCAGCAGGGGUCAGCAGUGCUCUCCUGUGGAGACUCAGAGCCGGCCCUGCAGUCUGAGCCAGUGUGAGGCCUGUGAAGCUCCAUUUGUCUACUCUGCAUGCGGAGCGCCCUGUGAGAAGCAGUGUGCCCUGCAGAGCGAUGCAAAUGUGUGUUCAGGUGUCAGGGAGUGCACACCUGGCUGUUACUGCCCCCAGGGCCUGCUGCAGCACAACGGGAGCUGUGUACAUCCAGGGGAAUGUGGCUGCAUCUACCUGCAGCACCAGGCCUCAGGACACCCCCCCACACCCAUCACUGUCCCUCAGGGGGCCACGGUGACUGUAGACUGCAGCACAUGCCUUUGCCAUGAUGGAUCUUUGCAUUGUGACACAAGAGAGUGUGAAGUCAUCAUCAGCGAGUGGUCCGAGUGGACCCCCUGCUCUCCCUGCAAACCCCGGUCCUCUGUGCAGCUCACUUCUUCACUAGAUAAGACCAUCCCUGGGACCUCAAUGGUCUCAGUUCAGAGACGCUUCCGGGCCUGCUUGGACCUGGACUCGGGUCUUCCUGUCCCGAGGGAGGCGGAGAGCCAGUGUCCAGGAGCGCUGGUGGAGGAGAGGCUCUGUCCAGCCGCCGACACGUGCAAAGAUCUGUGUAACUGGAGUGUGUGGAGUUCCUGGACAGCCUGUGCCGAGCCGUGCAGUGGUGGAAUCCGGCAGCGCUUCAGAUGGCCCCUGGCCUCCCCCCCCGGGCCCCUCUGCCGGGGCCAGCAGGCUCAGAGCCAGAGCUGCAACACAGGCCUCUGUCCAGGCGAGCGCUGUGAGGACAGAGGGCGCACGUAUGAGGACAGCUGCGCUAACCAGUGCCCUCGCAGUUGCACCGACCUAUGGGAGCAUGUGCAGUGUCUCCAGGGAGCCUGUCACUCAGGCUGCCGCUGUCCGGGGGGGCAGCUGCUGCAGGACGGCCUCUGUGUGCCGCUCACAGAGUGCCGCUGCGGCGUCCCAUCAGGCAACGGGACGCGGGAGUUCAGCCCUGGAGAGGAGCUCCUGGCUGACUGCAACUCCUGUGUGUGUGUGAAUGGAACUCUGGACUGCAGCAGACUGCCCUGCCCCGUGUACCAGCCCUGGAGUCCGUGGAGCCUCUGUCCAGUGUCCUGUGGGCCUGGCCAGAGAUCAAGGACUCGGAGCUGCCAGGACACAGAGGGGGGCCCCUCCUGUGUGGACACCACACAGACAGAAGGCUGUGGUCUGCCACCAUGUCCAGCGGGCUGUUUGCUGAGUGAGUGGUCCUCCUGGACCCAGUGCAGCGCCACCUGUGGAGGAGGGGUGUCCAUGCGAAACAAGACCAUGCUCCAAAUGCCGGAGCCUGGUGGGGCAGCCUGUGAGGGGCCCCGCGAGCAGCACGCUGUGUGUAACACCAACAGCUGCCGGCCAGAGUGUCCCAUCAGCCAGGUGUUCAGUGAUUGUUCUGGCUCCUGUCCGUUCACCUGUGAGGACCUGUGGCCACACACCCAGUGUUUUCCUGGAGCCUGCACCCCGGGGUGCACGUGCCCGUCUGGACAGGUGCUGCACGGGGGCUCCUGCGUGCAUCAGGCGGAGUGUCCCUGCUCGCCCCUGUCCUUACCCGCUGACCACCACCGCUGGAACACCUCCACUGAGGGCCUCACAGGGGCCCUGCUGCCCCCCGGAACCACCGUCCAUCACCUCUGCAACACAUGUGUGUGCCAGGGGGGGGUGUUUAACUGUACCUCCGAGCCCUGUGACGUGGACUGUGCGUGGUCCGGCUGGUCUCCCUGGAGCCCGUGCUCGGUCAGCUGUGGAACCGGGCGGCGCAGCUCCAGCAGAUCUGUCCAGAGGCAGGGGCAGUACGGAGGGGCCCCGUGUGAGGGCCGCAGCCUGAGAACCUCCACCUGCCUCGCUCCUGACUGCGCGUGUCCUGACGGGGAGCAGUGGAAGCGGAGGGUGUCAGAGGAGGCCCCCCUGUGUGAGCGGAGCUGCCAGGACAUUUACUCCUCCUCUCCUGUCAACUGCAGCCGCUUCACGGAUGGCUGUGUGUGCCAGGAGGGCUCCUACCGAAACCCGGAGGGGGGGUGUGUCAUCCCCGCCCUCUGCCCCUGCCAUGACCAGGGCGUCCUGUGGGAGGCGGGGUCAGAGUGGGCGGAGGGCUGCCUGUCAUGCAGCUGUGUGAACGGCAGAAAGCGGUGCCAGAGCAGGUGUCCUCCUCUCCACUGCAGAGAGGGUGAAGUCAAAGUAGAGGAACCAGGCAGCUGCUGUCCGGUCUGUAGAAGGGAGUUCCCAGGCGAGCCCGAGUCGGAGUGUCGGCGCUACGUUCAGGUCCAGAACAUCACCAAAGGAGACUGUUGGCUUGACAAUGUGGAGGUCAGCUUCUGCCGGGGACGCUGUCUGUCCAGGACGGACGUCAUCUUGGAGGAGCCCUACCUCCUGUCAGAAUGUGAGUGCUGCAGCUACCGGCUGGACCCGGACAGCCCGGUGCGGUUCCUCAGCCUGCAGUGUGAGAGCGGGGGCAGCGAGCCCGUGGUGCUGCCGGUCAUCCACAGCUGUGAGUGCACCAGCUGCCAAGGAGACCUGUCCAGGCGCUGAGCGAGUGGGGGGUGCAUGAAGAACACAGCCCUCUCCUUUAGGGACCCCACACUCACCCAGCCUCUUACAGAUGGAUGCUUCUGGGACCAACAGAUGGAUGGAGGGCUGGGGUUGAUAAAGACUGUGUUUUGUGGUCUGUGUUCAUCAGGUGACGUUGUGCUUCACCUGAUCGUAGAGUUCUUCUUCUGCACCUGCUUUAUCUGUACAGUCUUUUUCUAUUGUGUAUUUAUAGAUUCGUACACAGUCUAUGUAUUCAGAGGUGUUCCACUUGCAUGUUUAAAGGAAAUACAAUCAGCAGCAUUCUGCUUGGGAAAAACUUUGCCUGAUUAAUAAAAAUGU